AUGCCUUGUCUAGUUUUGGAUGCUUUAUGUAAUUAUGAUUGGAGUACGGCCAUACACACAUAUCUUGUAAAGAGUUUAAAUAGAUGUAAUAAGAAAAUUCUGACUGGAGAGAUUGAUGAUUCUCUAAGCAUUAGUGGGGCUGUUGCUGUUUUGCAGGUAUUUCCACGGAUUCUGCGAUUUCGUUCUUUAGAUUAUGGCACGAUAGAAAUAGAAGUUUUGUUCCAGAAAGGAGAGGUACAAUUUGAUUGGUACCUUUCAUCCAGUGAUCAUCAAAAUCCUAUCAUCCAUGCUGCAUUGAAUAUGGAUGCUGUGGGAACCAGUGACGAAGCACCUCAAAAAGGUGAUGGUAGUUAUGAAUCUGCACUUGCUUCAAGAGUGGAGAAAAUAAAAAGAAACAACCAAAGAAUGAGAAACCUAAAGGAUGAAAUAGCUAGUUUAAGGAAGGAACUUAGUCAUCAAAGAAAGAUGAGAAAAUUUGAACAAUAUCCUUCCGUUCAUGUUGUUGGUGAGGGGAAUGAAGAGGCAGCAGCAGGUGACGCACAUGAAGCAGCAGCACAUGUAGAAGCUACAGCUGAACAAGGUGCACAUGAAGAAGCUUUACCUGAAGAAGGUGCACAUGAAACACCUAUUUAUGAACCAGUUGCAGAUGAAGAAGUUGGUGAUGAAGAAUCCGUAGAGCAGCCACGAACUUUCAUCGACAUUGGUGAUGACGAGGAGGAUGAAGUAAAUGUUGAUGUUCAACCGAUGGUCGUAGAGUCGUUGUAUACCUUUGUUGGUGAUCCAAGAGAAACGAUUGAUGUGUUUAUGUUGUACUUCCUUGCGACGCGCAAAGGCAUUGUACAAAGCUAUGUUUGUGAAAUAAUGGGUCAAUUGCUGACCACCAAGGAUUGUAACUCUUUAGGGCAUAGAGAAUGUGUAGACAACAUGGUUAUAAUUUUUGCAGCAACCAUGUACAUAUACUUUGAGAAAAGGUCGACUGGAUCCAUAAAGAGGAUUAUAUUCAGUCCAAUGUUUGCGGGUUGUUUAUUGAUUAAGUAUGUCGUUUUGUUUAAGACCCAUUUUCUGAACGACAAUAAAAAAAGAAUUGCCAAAAGACAUGUGUGGCAACUUAGUGAUUACCAGGCUUAUUUCCGAAAUUAUCUAGUGAGAGUCGAAGAUUUAUUGAAUGCUGAUUGGGUGUUCAUCUCAGUUGUUAGUAGUGGUCACUGGUGGUGCUAUGCACUGAAGUUCUGCACCAUGCAGUUUUUUGUGAUUGACUCAUUGGACAAGGGAAUCAGAGGACGUUCUGGGAUUGACAGAAACAUUAUAUGUUUUAGAGCUAAAAAUAUUCAACACUUUUGGGGUUUGCUUACAAAUACAUUGGAAGAUUCUAAGAUUGCUUUGAAUGUUCAAGAAGCGAAAAUUCUUGUCCAACCUAACACAUUCAAUGGUGGUGUCAUCAUGAUGAAAGUCUUCGAAAUUUGGGAUGGAGAGGACAAAUAUGAUGGCAAAAGCAUGCCUAAUUAUACUACAGUUUUGUAA